AUGUCGUCUGUUGGUAGAGAACAAUGUACUAGUGAGGCUUCGCAUGACACAAAAGAAACUUGCAAUGUUGUCAUUUUUGGAGAAACGGGCGCUGGUAAAAGCUCCUUGAUCAAUUUGAUCGCCGGGACGCAAAGAGCGCUGACGUCCUGCGACGCUAUGGGAUGUACAGCUGAAACAAAUACGUACGACAUUUCAAUUCAAAACGAGACCUUGAAGGUAACGUUUGUCGAUACAGUUGGUCUUGAUGAGGGCUCUGAAGGAACAGUCCCCGAUAAAGAAGCUCAACAAGUUUUGAAGAAACUCAUUCAAAAUUUUCGAGAUGAUGUUCAUCUCCUCAUGUACUGCGUGCGAGGUGUGAGAGCUAGGAAGGCGCUCUACCGCAACUACAACUUCGUCCGCUCUCAAGUGAAGGAGAGGGUUCCAAUCGUCCUUGUCGUGACUUGUUUGGAAGACCGUGAACCAGAAAUGGAAGACUGGUGGAAGGAUAACGAACGACUCAUCUCAGACUUCGGGAUGUCCUUUGCUGGCCACGCAUGUGUCACCACGGUGACUAUCGACGAUAAUGUAGGAAAUAGGCUCAAGCAGCGCCAUAACCAAUCAUACCUCGCCGUCUGUCAACUUAUCGAGCAGUGUCGCAGGAAAGGGCAUCAACGUCCACUGUUAGGUGCUGGUGAAAGGCAACAAUACACUAUCCAGCAGGUACCUCCUAAAAUGGCUGCAAGGUACUCGGUUUUCAGUUUCUCCUCGUGCCACAUUUUGCCAACCUUCAGAAAUAGAAACAGCAUCGUACUCACUGGGGAGUCGGUGGCUAGCAAUGGCUCACCUGCCAAUGUCAAGGAAAUAGCAGCCAUGUACGCUGACCAGCAGUUCAAUACCACUAACAGGCGUAAAGUCAUCGUGGUUUUUGGGCAGACGGGAGCAGGAAAAAGCUCACUCGUCAACCUCAUGGCGGGAAAGGAGGUAGCUCACACAUCUCCUGACACGCAACGUUGUACAAUGCACUGGAAAGAGUAUCCUAUCGACUUUGACGGUGGCUCGUAUAUGGUUUUCGAUACUAUUGGGCUCGAGGAGCCGCAACUGGGAAUCAAAGAGUACCUCGAGUCUGUCGAAAACGCCUAUCGGCUCCUCAGGAAAUUGGAAGAAGAAGGCGGCAUCGAUCUGCUUCUAUUCUGCGUUUGCGCCAGCAAAGUCACUGCCACGCUUCAAAGCAAUUAUCGGCUCUUUCACGAAUUCCUCUGCGAGAAGAAGGUUCCUAUUGUUCUCGCCAUCACAAACCUAGAGAGAGAGGUGAGGAUGGAGAAUUGGUGGGAGAGAAACGAGAGCACCCUCGACAAGUAUCAGAUAAAGGUCGCCGGUCAUGCGUGCAUCACCGCUGCCAAUAGAUUGGACGGUAGACACAAAGACCUUUACGAACAAUCGCGCAUCACGAUCCGCGACCUCGUUAAGGAAUUUGCUACCGACGGGCAGAAGCAGGCAUGGAUGGGAGGGCACAACCUGUUCGUGUCUUUGAUGCGCAAGCUGAAGGGGUCACUUACAGGGGGUUCGCAUGUGAAAAGGAAGGAUAUUAUUCCCCGUCUCACGAAGCGUUGUGGCAUAUCUACAGAGGCCGCAAAAGAGUUGGCUAACAUGAUCAAGCAAGACAUAGCUUGA